AUGGCGUCCACGGCACAACAUCAUAUUCUCCAUGACGAUGACGAUGAUCUCCUUGAUGACGAUCUUAUUGAUGACGAUGCUGCCAUCGAGGCCGACGACCCAUUGAACACCUCCGACACAGCACCUCUCCGGGGCAACAUCCAAACCGACGCCGGCUCCUCGUCGCGCGGAGGAGGAAGUGGCGGUGCUAGCGUAACAGGCCGACUAUCCUCAAACUACCUCACCUCGUCAAUCCCCGGUGAAGACCGACGUGCGCCCCAAAACACCAUUGACGAGAGCGUUUGGGACACGCUUUCGCGCGACCUGUUGGCGGUGUGGGAAAAGAUGAGGCAGGUUUUAUGGCCUAAAUACUUGCUAGGCGGCUUUCUGCAGCGUGGUGGCGGGAUUGGCGCUGCUGAGAGAGGGGAAGCUACGGGCUUUGGAAAUGGCUUGCGCGGUAUCGUGGGUCGCUGGCCCGACGCUGAUGUCGUGUUGCAGGGUGGCAUGAGUGAGGGUCUUCGGGAUUGGGAUCUAUGGGGUCCUUUGAUUUUUUGCUUGUUGCUGAGCAUGUUCCUCUCGAUGCGCGCGCAUGAAGAUCAGUCAUCGCUGGUAUUCUCGGGUGUCUUUUCUUUGGUUUGGAUCGGCGAGGCUAUCGUGACAUUACAGAUUAAGCUUCUAGGUGGAAAUAUCUCGUUCUUCCAAUCAGUCUGCAUCAUUGGUUAUACCCUGUUCCCACUCGUCAUCGCAUCAAUUCUCAGCGCCUUCGGUCUGCCGACGAUCGUGCGCAUUCCAGUCUAUCUGGUCUUGAUCGCCUGGUCGCUUGCCGCCGGAACCAGUAUUCUCGGCGGCUCAGGAGUUGUGCGCAACCGUGUGGGUAUUGCGGUAUACCCAUUGUUUGUCUUUUAUAUUGCAAUUGGCUGUCUCUGCUUUAUUAGUUAG